GUCCCCGAAAGGUGAUGCAUAAUUUAUCCACUGAUGCGCAGACCGGUUGUCACUCUGGGUGAACCUCUGCGCAAACAGACGAUCUCGGACCUGUCGUAUCUUCAACCGUCCAAAAGCUGGUGGCUGGCAGGUGAAAAACAUCCAAGAUGGCCGACACCUCGCCUGAGCAGCCGCCGACCGAGUUUAACGGUCCGUCAGUGAAAGACAACGGGCUGCCCGACGGGCAACAGACCAAUGGAGUCAAUGGGAUGGGGUCACCUGACCUGGCCGACGCUAUGAAUCACGUCAACAUCAAUGUGCCUGGAAAACCUGACGUCCUUGAAAAACAAGGACGGAAGGAAAGCAUGGAGGGAGCUGAAACUCUGGAUAUUGCUGCUACAGAUGCUCUACACUCCUCUACUAAAGCAGGUAGUGUCAGUGAAAAAGAGGUGAAUGCAAACAUUGGUGCCAUGAAGAGUGAGACAGACGGACAGGGGAAUCAGAAAGGGGAGGAGAAAACGGACAAUGUCUGUGUCAAAUCUGCUGCUACAGUGGACAACGUUGGUCUGUGUUCAUCUAAGUCAGCUUUGCAGGGGCAGGAAGAAUCGCAUCCAUCGACACCGAAUGCCAAACGUGUUCACCAAGGUGAUACCCACACCGAGGUUCAAGCCAGUGAUGCAAAGGAUAUGAAUGAAAAUGACGAUACAGCUGUUUCCACUUUUAAAGAUCCUAUUUCUGAAAGCGUGAUUGUUGCUACUCAAAAAAGUACAGAUGUACCUGAUGAACAAAAAGUUUCCCCUUCAAACCGUUUUUCAGGUGAAGGUCAAAGCCAUGUAGAUAAUGCAAAAGAUUUGAAGCCUAGCGUUACAACCAGUGUUGCCAAUAUCACCGAUGAUGAAAAAGUCAGCUUGUCUGCACCCAAGACGGUCGUUACAAAUGUUGCUGACUCCGACAAAAUUGAACCAGAGAAAGUGCCUACGCAAGACAGCAAGGAUGCUGAUAAUCCUACUCAGCCAGGGAGCAAGGAAGAGCACGGGGAGAAGGGAGACAAGGAAACUGCACCAUUGGAGAAAAUGGAAAGCAGCAAAGACAAAUCACUUGAAACAGAUGACAAGGCAGUGCCAAGCUCAGAAAGUCAGAGCCUUAAUAAAUCUGAAGAAACACAUGGGAAACAGGAAGGGUCAAAAGCUAGUGAGAUUCCCUGUGGAGAGACAAAGGUCAGUCCCGAUCAGCCUAAAAUAGCAGCAGGUGAAUCAAAGGUUGAUGGAAGUAAUAAAUCAUCAGUAGACAAUGACAAAUCUGAUCUUGGGAAAUCACAAGAAGUGAAAACAAAAGAUGUUUCAGUAAAAGAAUCAUUACCAGCUGGACUGGAAGACAACCCACACAAGGGAAAGCAAGAAAUUUCCGAAGAAAAAACAGAAAUAGUCUCAGCUACCAAGACUGAGGCUACAUGUAAGAGCCAUGAACCAACACCAGGCAAGGAAAGCCAGGUGCAGUUGCCAACUUGCAGACGAGAAGUUCAUUAUGCAGUUCUUGAAGCUGAACAAGGCAAAGAAACAAAGCCCAAAGCUGAAGAGAAAGGGGAGGGAGUGAUUGAACAGCUGUCUGGAACACAGCCAGUGUCAGGAAAGGUGGCGCCGACAGAAACAGUCAAAGUAGCAGCAGGAGCAAUUGUUGAAAUGAAUGUAGAGUCAAAGCCUGCUGUUUCAGAUAGGCCUGAAGUACCAUUAGAACCAGCUAUAAAGGAUGAAGCUAAACAAUCACCAGAACCUGCUGUCAAGAAUGGAGCUAACCAAUCACCAGAGCAGGCUAUCAGAGAUGAAACAAAACAGGCACCAGAGCUGGCUGUUAAAGAUGAAGCUAAACAAUUACCAGACAUUUCUAUAAAAGAACCAAUCGCUAAAGAUGAAUCUAAGAAAUCAUCAGAAGGACCUAACCAAUCACCAGAACUGACUCUUAAAGAUGAAGCUAAACAAUUUACAGAAGUUGCUGUAAAAGAUAGAGCACAAGUAUUAUCAGAACUAACUGGUAAGGAUAAAGGUACGGAAAGUCCAGAACCAACUGUUAAAGAUGAAGCUAAACAAUUGUCAGAAGCAGCUGUUAAAGAUGAAGCUAAAGAACCUCUAGUACCCUCUAUCAACGAUGAGCCUAGAGCACAAUCAGAAGUAGCUGUCAAAGAUGAUUUUAAGGACCCUUCAGGACCAGAUGAUAAAAAGAUAGCUGAACAAUCAACAAAAGCAGUCAACAAAGAUGAAGCUGAAAAACCAGCUAUCAAAAAUGAGCCUAACAUGCCAACAGAAACAACUUGUCAACAUGACCCAAAGGAACCAUCAGAACAAGCUGGUAGAGAUGAAAUGAAAGAAUCAUUAGCAACAGUUGGCAAAGACAAAGGUAAUGUAGCACCCCCAGAACCAACUGAUGAAGGAAAACAACCCUCAGAAAAGGGUAAUAACGAUGUAGGAAAAGUGCCAUCAGAACCAGCUAAAAAUGAUGAAGUGAAAGAACCUUUGAAAGCAACUGUUGAAGGUGAAGCUGCCAAACAUAAACCUUUAGAAGCAGCUGUUAAGUGUGAGUCUAAAGUGCCACCUGAAGAUAAGGAAACAUCAGAACCACCUGCUAAAGGUGUAGAUAAGGCACCAUCAGUGUCAGCUGCUAAAGGUCAAGAUAAGACACCAUCAGAACCAGCUGGUAAAGAUGUAGAUAAGACACCAUCAGAGGCAGCUGGUAAAGAUGUAGAUACAACACCAUCAGAGGCAGCUGCUAAAGGUGAAGACAAGGCACCGUCAGAACCAGCUGCUAAAGGAGAAAAUACGGCACUAUCAGAACCAGCUGCUAAAGGAGAGAAUAAGACACCAUCAGAACCAUCUGCUAAGGAUGUAGAUAAGAUACCAUCAGAGUCAGCUGCUAAAGGAGAGAAUAAGACACCAUCAGAACCAUCUGCUAAGGGUGUAGAUAAGGCACCAUCAGAGUCAGCUGCUAAAUGUGAAGAUAAGACACCAUCAGAGGCAGCUGGUAAAGAUGUAGAUAAGACACCAUCAGAACCAGCUGGUAAAUAUGUAGAUAAGACACCAGAACCAGUGGCUAAAGUUGUAGAUAAGAUUUCAGAACCAGCGGCUAAAGGUGUAGAUAAGGCACCAUCAGAACCAGAGGCUAAAGAAGCAGAUAAGACACCAAAACCAGUGGCUAAAGGUGAAGGUAAGACACCAUCAGAACCAUCUGCUAAAGGUGUAGAUAUGACACUAUCGGAACCAGCUGGUAAAGUUGUAGAUAAGACACCAUCAGAACCAGCGGCUAAAGGUGAGGAUAAGACACCAUCAGAGUCAGCUGCUAAAGGUGAAGAUAAGACACCAUCAGAACCAGCUGGUAAAGAUGUAGAUAAGACAACAGAACCAGUGGCUAAAGAUGUAGACAAGACAUCAUCAGAAUCAGCUGCUAAAGAUGUGGAUAAGACACCAUCAGAACCAACUGCUAAAGGUGUGGAAAAGACACCAUCAGAACCAGCUGGUAAAGAUGUAGAUAAGACACCAGAACCAGUGGCUAAAGAUGUAGAUAAGACACCAGAACCAGUGGCUAAAGAUGUAGAUAAGACACCAUCAGAACCAGGAACUAAGGGUGUAGAUAAGACACCAUCAGAACCAGCUGGUAAAGAUGUAGAUAAGGUGCCAUCAGAGCCAGCUGGUAGAGAUGAAGCAUCCAAGACAGCUGCAGUUUCAAAAGAACCAUCUGCUAAGGAUGAGGCUAAGGAACCUGUAGAAGCAGCUGUAAAAGAUGAAGCUAAGACAGAACCAACUGAUGCAAAGGUAACAUCAGAACCAGCUAGUAAAGAUGAAAGUAAACAUCUGUCAGAAGCAGCUACCAAAGAGGAAAGUAAAGAACCAGCUAUUUCAGGUGAAACUAAAGCACCAGCAGUAGUAGCUAAAGAGGGAACAAAAGAAUCAUCAGAAUCAGUGGUUAAGAUUGAGGCUGCAGUAACAUCCGAGCCAGCUAAAGAACUGUCUCAUCCAGAUAAAACAGAAAAAUCUUCAGCUCCCGAUGCUAAAGAUAAAGAGCCUUCACAAGAAGUUGUCAAAGAUGCAGCUAAAGUGCCACUAGAAACAGUUGCUAAAGAUGCAGCUAAAGUACCACCAGAAACAGUUGCUAAAGAUCAGACUAAAGUAACACCUGAAACCAUUGCUAAAGAUGAGGCUAAAGCACCACCUGAAGCAGUUGCUAAAGAUCAGCCUAAAGUAACACAUGAAACAGUUGCUAAAGAUGCAGCCACAGCAGCAGAAACAGUCGAUAAAGAUAAAGAUAAAGCACCACCAGAAACAGUUGCUAAAGAGGAAGCUAAAGAAACACCUGAAACAGUUGCUAAAGAUGAGGCUAAAGCACCACCUGAAACAGUUGCUAAAGGUGAAGCUAAAGAACCACCUGAAACAGUUGCUAAAGAUGAAGCUAAAGUGUCACCAGAAGUAGUUGCUAAAGAUGAGACUAAACCAAAAGUACAGCAAGCUGGUAAAGAUGAGACUCAAUUGCCACCUGAACCUGUUGUUAAAGAUGGAUCUAAAGCACCACUAGAUACAGUCGUUAAAGACGAAGCUAAAGCACCACCAGAAACAGUUGCCAAAGUUGAACCUAAAGUCCCAUCAGAGCCAGAUGUAAAAGUUGAAGCUCAGCUACCACAUAAACCAGAGAACCCAAAAGUUAAAGAUGAAGCUAAACAGCCACCUGUACCCACUAUGGAAGAGCUACCUCAGAAAGCAUCAGAUGAUGUUGAGGUUGCAAAGCGUGUUACAGAUUCAGCUGCACAAGAAAAAGCAGAUCCGUCCCAGGGGGUCAGUAAUCUACCAGGUGAUGCUAAGCAGCCUGCACAAUCAAAGGACGAGCCUAAUCCUGUGACAGAAUCAAAGGAUACCAGAUCCAAAGACCAGGCAGGUCCUGAGGUAGAUAAGGGAUUAUCUAAGCCACCUGGUGAUCCCAUUAAAGAGGAUCUGGAACCUGUACAAAAGGAUAAAGUAGAAGAAAAGAAGACUGCUGAUGACAAGGGUGACUCAGAUGAAAAACAAAUCCAGGAUAAGAAAGAAGCAAAAGACAAUGCAGUGUCAGAAACAUCAAACAAGAAAGAGGUGGGUGAACCAAAGAUAGAGAAAACUGAUGAUGUUAAGUCAGGUGAAGGCAAUAAGAAGGAACUAGCUGAAAGUGUAGAUGAGGCAGACCAGAGCAAGGACAAAGAUAAGGACCUAACUUCAGAGGUUGCUGAUAAAGAAACUGUACCACAAGAGUCUGCAAAAGAUCAGAAAGAGUCAGAAAACUUGUCUGAGCCUGAGAUGCUGAAAGAACUGGCUGCAACUGAAUACAAGAAGGACCACCCUGACCCAAAGAUGGAGAAAGAAGAUUUGCCUAAGAAGGCUGAAGAUGCUGUCUCAGAUGUUGGCAAGGCUAAGGAGACAUCAAAGCCUGCAAAAGAAACAGAUACCACUGGAAAGAAAGAGGAGGUGCAGAAAGAUGAGACAAGUGCUACAGAAUCUCACGAGAAAAGUAUGAAGAAGGAUGAUGAGCCAGACGCAACAAAAGCUGAGCCGAAGAAGGAUGGCAGCAAUGAGAAAGUAAUCCCCGAUGAGCAACAAAGGGCCAAAGAAGAGAAGGAAACAGACAUCAAGGAAACUGGCAAGAAGGAAGAGACGGACAUCAAAGGCACAUCUGACAAAGAUAAAAUCACUCCAGAUGCAUCAAAAUCCGCAGAGGCCAUUACAGGGAUAAGCCAUAAAACUCCUGAAGAACCUCCAUCUCUGGAAGUGAGAACGGGCAUGCCAACAUCAGAGACACUUACCGAGGAAGAAGAACGUAAAGAAAAGGCUGUGGAGGUAGAUAAGAAACAAGAGGAAGUGACAAAGCCAUCUGUAUCUGACGUGGACAAUGCUGGAGCAGCAGCACAGGUGGUUAAUGGAGAGGUGGCGCAUCCAGCCCCGAGUAAAAAGGUGGAAGAGGUGGUAAUGGAAGAAGUUGUGAAGGCAGCCAAACCAGAAAAGGAAGACCUUCCUGAUGCAAGAAAGCUGUCUAAUGGGCCAGUGGAGUGCCAUACAGCAGAUGAUGAAACAGUGUCACAGAAGCCCCAACUUUUCGAUGACCACCCGGCCCCGCUCGAGGCAAGCUUGAUCAAUUUCGACCGCAGUCCAGAAGAUGUCACUCCCCCUCCGGAAACCGCGGACAUGGAUGACUUUAUGGGACAUACUGACCAUCAGGCUCCUAGGAAUGAGGAUGAAAUAACGGAAUCUGCCGUGGACGACUUUGUAGCCCUAAACCAGGAGGCUGUGACCCUCAUGGAUACGUCCCACGCUCACGCCGCGCAGUAUUUGGACGACAUGGGUCCUCCGAAAGAGGACAAAGUACCCCCUGACGUCCUUCCUCCCUCCUCGCCAGGACAGCAUGACGACAUGUACAGUUUCCAGAGGCCCAAGGAAGAGGAGGGGUUAAAGUCAUUAGGCGGAUAUCGGCCUGUGUAUGCUAACGAGGGAGAUGUGCAGUUGGAUAACGAGGGUAACAAGGUAGACGAUGACUAUGAGCCAGAGGAGGUGGGGUUCUCGUCAAUGGUGGAGAUGGCAGAACCCGCGCAGAGGGAGCCGCCCGCCUGGGCUGGGGGAGCGCCAGCGUGGUCUGAAUCAGUGCCUGCAAAUAAGGAUUCAGAACCUGAAUCUGAGGACGAGAACGUGGAACCUGCUGCUGCUGCCAAUGCUAAUGUCGAACCCGACAAUGGGAAUGUGGAGCCUGGAAUUUCUCCCUGGGAGGCAAAAGAAGAAGCCCAACCUGCUCAGUGGGCCCAACCGUCCACAAAUCCGUUUGCGGCCUCCUUAAAUCCAUUUGAAUCUGAUAAUAGGCAGCCAGAAAUGGCUAAUGAACCCUUCUCUGUGAAUGACAAAGUGGAACAAGCUUUUCCACAGGAACCAAUGGAUGUAGAGGAACUGGAUGAGGAGGCAAGGGAUGCCUUCCCUGACAAAGAGGAGCCACCAAUGAUGGUUGGUGGGCUGGUCAAUGCUGCCUUUGAUGAUGAGGAAGAAGAAGAAGAAGAAAGGGAGGAAGCACAGUUCCCGGAACAGCCGAGGAAAACUGAAGUGCAGGAGGAUGAACAAGGACUGGAAGAGCAGGAAGAGGAAUCAGAAGAGGAGUCAGAAGAGGAGGAAGAUGCCAUACAUGUGGAUGUACCUGUGUCACAGCCUGGAGAGGAAAAACCAGUCCAACAUGCAGAAGACCAGUUUCCUGACCAGUCCUCGGACCAGGUGGUACCACAGCCGGACAUUGUUCCAGAACUUUCCAGAGAAGAGAAAGAAGAGGAGAUACUUGAGGCACCGGUAUCCGUGCCUACGGAGAAAGUCGAGAUGCCCGCCGAAGUUCCCAAAGAAAGUGCAAUUCCACACGAGGACUUUGAGAGAGAGUUAGAAGUCAGUGUGCCUGCUGAGGAGGUUGCCAUGCCAACCGAGCCUGUUGCCAUGCCGACUGAGCCUGUUGCCAUGCCAACCGAGUCUGUUGCCAUGCCAACUGAGCCUGUAGAUGUGCCAGCUGAGCCUGUCUCUAUGCCACCAGAACCAGCCCCCCAAGAGACCAUGUCCCCAGAGGAUGAAGAAGCAUUAGCUCUGGAGGAAGAGGAGCUUGCCAGGGAGCUUGCAAGGGAGGAGGCUGAGCUAGCCAGAGAAGAAGAGGAAGAGGCCAAACUUGUCUCAGAGGAAGUAGAGACCGAGAUGGACACUACUGAAGAUAAGCCAGAGGUUGCUGCUUUCACUACUGAGGAGCCUGGAGAGGCUCGCAUUCUUUCACCAGAGCCUGAAGAAGUGCUUUCACCAGAGCCUGAUGAAGUGCUUUCACAGGAGGCUGGGGAGGCCCAUGUGUUGUCACCAGAGGCUGAGGAGGCCCAUGUGCUGUCACCAGAGGCUGACGAGCCCCGUCUGAUUUCACCAGAAGCUGGAGAGGCCCAUGUGCUUUCACCUGAUGGCCCCAGUGAGGAGGAGGUAGCCUCACCAGAGCUGGCUGCCGCCAUGGCAGAAAAACCUGUCACCCCCUCCACCGAGGAAGCCAUGCCUACUCCAGACGAGCUCGCCAUGCAGAGGGGGGUCAUGGAGGAGGCAGACCGAGCCGAGGACGUCGCUCUCACCAAGGAAGUGCCAGAAUUUGCAGCAGCCCUGGGAGCCGGAGCCAUCUUUGGAAGCUUCGGUGAAGCAAAAGGAGAAGUUGCUCCUGAUGACCUACCAGUGGAAAAGACCACGCCGACAUUUUCUGAGGCGGAAACGUUACCGGCAGAGACUCCAGAAACCCUACCAUUGGCAGAGACACCAGAAAAGUUACCUGCCGAGACACCUGAGAAAUUACCGGAAGAAAUACUUGAAGAGACACCUGAGGAGACACCUGAGAAGACACCUGUUGCAGCAGCGAAACCUACACCUGAGCCAAAGAAGAAGGAUGAAGCUAAGAAGAAGGAGGGCAAGGAUAUUAAGAGAUUUGCUCUUUCUGCGAGUAAGAUACCGGUUAAAGCAGCUACCCCUACGCCCGGCAAACAGAAGCCUGAGAAGAAAACACCUAAGUCAGCCCCACCAACGAGAGCAGCCCCUCCGAGACCCCGACCAUCUUCCGCUACGCCAACGGGCGCUAAGAGACCAGCCGGUGUAGCUAAGACUCGUGAUAGAACAAGGCCCGGAACAAACAACGCAGAGAGGGCUACCAGGCCAAAACAGCUCAACAGACCUAGAGCCGACAAGAAGAAGCCGCCCGAGAAGCCUAAGUCCAAACCGGCAUCGCCACGAACUCCAAAGACUGAUGACAAGACUGCAAAGCCGCCAGCGCCAAGGAAGCCAAAGGACGUAAAGGAAAAAGUUCAGAAGAAAGUCGCAGAAAAGAAACCUCCCACAGCCACAAGGGCUGCUAAACCUGCUACUGAGAAAAGGGCACCCAAACAAAAGCCCAAGAAGCCUGAGCCUCCUCAAAACGACAAGGUGGAACCCAAGGAGAAUAAAAAAGAGGCACCGGGCACCCCCAACAGCCGUCCAAGUUCGACCCGGAGCAGUGGCUCGAUGUCGGACACUAAGAAGGUCAAGUCCAAGAUUGGAUCAACUGCCAACAUACAUCACAAGCCAGGGGGCGGAAAUGUGCCAAUCUUCAGUGAAAAGAAAGAUUACAGCGCUGUGUCGUCCAAGUGUGGCUCGAAAGACAAUAUAAAACACACUCCGGGAGGCGGUAAUGUUGCGAUCACCCAUGUCAAGCAGGACUUAAGCAAAGUUACGUCCAGAUGUGGUUCAAAGGAUAACAUCAAGCACUCCCCAGGGGGAGGGAAUGUUAAAAUUGCUGAUAUUAAGCAGGACUUCAGUCGAGUGUCUUCGCGCUGCGGGUCCAAGGACAACAUUAAACACACGCCGGGUGGCGGCAAUGUAAAGAUUGCAAGUACAAAGAUUGAUUUCACCAAAGUCGGAUCCCGCUGUGGAUCCAAAGACAACAUAAAGCACACCCCCACUGGUGGAGACGUAAAGAUUGCGAGCGUAAAGGUCGAUUACAGCAAAGUUGGGUCUCGGUGUGGAUCAAAGGACAACAUAAAGCACAGUCCAACGGGCGGAGAUGUGAGGAUCAAACACAAGAAGCUGGAUUUCAGCAAUGUGCAGUCCAAGUGUGGGUCCAUGUCCAACAUCAAACACAAGGCUGGAGGAGGACAGGUGAAAAUUGAGAGCCGCAAACUGGGCUUCAAGGACAAAGCCGCUCCCAAGGUUGGAUCUCUGGACAAGGUUGACCACAAGCCUGGUGGUGGAGAGAAGAAGAUUGAGACAGUAAAACUAGACUUCAAGGACAAGGCUCAGUCAAAGGUCGGGUCACUCGAUUAUGUAGAUCAUCAACCGGGAGGAGGGGACAAGAAGAUUGAGUCAGUAAAGCUAGACUUCAAGGACAAGGCCCAGUCAAAAGUCGGUUCACUCGAUUAUGUAGAUCAUCAACCAGGAGGAGGGGACAAACAGAUUGAGACAGUAAAACUAGACUUCAAGGACAAGGCUCAGUCUAAGGUCGGGUCACUCGAUUAUGUAAAUCAUCAACCCGGCGGAGGGGAAAAGAAGAUUGAGACAGUAAAACUAGACUUCAAGGACAAGGCUCAGUCAAAGGUCGGGUCACUCGAUUAUGUAGAUCAUCAACCCGGCGGAGGGGAAAAGAAGAUCGAGACCCAGAAGCUUAGCUUCCGCGAAGAAGCCAAGCCCAGAACAGACACCGGAAUCGACGGCGGGGAUCCAAGACGGGAGAGCGUAGGGUCCGCUGCAUCCGGCGGAACGGGAACCUCGUCUUAAUCCCGCGGCUCAGAGACCGUUUAGAGUCUUGAGGUAUCAACAGCCCCUAGAUAAGCAUGACUUCGUCUUGUAACCCCGAGGCCUAAGUGAAGCAAUGUCGUCUCCCAGUAGUACCAUACUAUCACUCUGUAAGUCCGCUUUCAUCCUUGUGAUUCCAGAUACAAGAUGCAGACUAUAACCAAGGAAGUAUAUUACAAAAGAACCGAAUAGAGAGGAAAGAUUUCUGCUACUGAGUUAGGUCCAGUAUAGGCAAGUAUUUGGUAAUGAUUGAGACAAAUAGAUACUUUGAACAUUGGAUGUUUAGUAGGGAUAUGUCCCUAUUUAGUAUAUUACCGCAUUGUUGAUGUUAAAACUGAUGUCAGAAGAGAAGGACAUUGAAUUUGAAACUGGCAAUGUCUUAUUGAAUACGAAGCUGUCAACAUUUCAAAGGUUGCUUACCGAGUGACAAGAAGCAUUCAUAUACUGAGCACUGAACGGCCCCCCACCGAGAUCGUUGUACAAAGUUUGAAAUAGAUAAAAGUGCUUUGCAUGCAGUUCUGAAGACACAUUUGUGGACAAUUUUAGAAGCUGACUAGUUAAAACAUACCAAUGUGUAAGGCCCUAAGAUCCCCUAAGUGACUAUCAACUCUUCUCACAAUUAGAUAUGUUAGCAAGCUUGCAAUCACUGAUGUAGAUAGUAGAUAGUAAGUUGCACCUUAUAUAUUAUGCCAAUACUGCUACAUGUAGCUUUGACAGCGAUGACAGGAAUGUUUUGGCUUUCAUAUUUGAGGUGAAAAUGGUUUUGGAGCCCAUGUAACUGUUAAAGAGUGGUUUUAUGACCCAAAAAAUGUGAGAGUACCGGACUAAAGAUGAAAUAUCGAGGGAGCAGUAAGUCAGAGGACUUGAUUUUUUAAAGGUUGACUCUUUUUACAAGGAAUGGUUUUUGAGACGUUUUAGCUUUCUUGAACAUGAAGACUGAAGGAGUAUGGAAUGGAGAUCAUGAAGUGAAGGAAAGAAGAGAUUAUGAACAGGGCUACCAAGUCUUAAUGAAUUUGACACCUUCAAGUUCAAGAUGUGAUUUUAAAUUGGAUGACAAAAUUUACAGGCGUGUCCGAUCAGUGGAAAAAUGAUUUUUAAAAAAGACAUGUUUCUGGCAAACUUGUUUUAAGUGAGAGAUGUAGUUAAAGAUGUUACUGCAAUGUUAACUCUUUAUAUGUUUGCUUCAGAAUACACAGUAUACACAUGGUAAUAUAUACUUUGCUUUCUUGUAGUCAAUAAUGCACUUUGACAGAUAUAAAACUUUGCAAAGGAAGGAAAUGAAAGAUAAUGAACUUGUUACGUUGCUUAGCACUUCUCAAAGAGAUUGCAUGAAACCAAUAUUGUACGCUGUGUCAGUUUGAAGCUGAACGUUUUUCGAUGAUUAUUUACUUACUAUCUGUUACGUGAUAUAAAGAGCUGCAGUUGGAUGUACAUAAUUUGAGCUACAGCUUGAAUCUAAAACAAAGCAAGGAUGUGGACUAACUUUUGUGGCAACAGCCGGCAAGAUAAAACCGAUUCUGUGCAAUGCUUAGGGAGUCACUGAUAGUUUACGACUGACUUUUCUGUGGCAGACUGUUCUUGUAUUAGCAGUGGUUGCCUUGUCUUCAACAGCAUCAACAGAAACUGAGCAAAACCAUAACAUUAAUCAGAUCUCUGGACAGCAGUGUAACAUGUAAGUAACUAGAGCAAUUCCCAUGCUUACAACAGAAUUAUGCAUUGUUAUGUGUUAACUUAUUUGAGAUUAUAAUUUAUUAUCCACAGUGUGACCAUUUACUCCGAAUUCACAUUUUGUGUUGCUGUCUUUCGAUUCUUAUGUGUAAUCUGUAACAACAGUUUUGGAUGGAGAAAAGUUGCUGUAAGUCCAUGCUGAGGUACAUAAAAAAAGGCAGCUUUCUUAAGGAUUUGAGUGAAAGUCCUCAAACAUGACACAAGUUGGAAGAGUGACUUCUUUGAAUAUAUCAUGUCUUGAUACUACAAAAUGUUCUGAACAAAAUAUGCAGGAAAUUGUAUCCUAUGCUACUGUUUUAGCAUGCAUGGAUAGGACUGGUGUUGAAUCAGAGGUUCAGUCAUGUUAUGUUUACAGAGGGAUCACUUUUGAGGAGGGAUUUUCAAGGUUACACCUCAGAACUCCACUGUGGGUAGCAAAGUGGAACCCCUUGGUGUACAAACGGGUAACAAAGAAAAUGGAGUUGAUGGAAACCAUAUAAAGGAUCAUUGCAAUGGUAUUGUUCACAUUGUAAACAUCCAGGAGGCCACGUCAAUUUGAUUUAAUAGGCACAGACAUUUUUCAAUUUGCGAAAGAAACGAGGGAUAUUUUCUGUUCACACUGGUAAGAUUUGAUAUUCAACUUAAAAUGCCAUACAACUCAUACCAGCCUCUGAAAUGGCUUCAUCUUAAUACCCAAGACCCACUAUGUAAUUAUGUAUUUUACAUCAUAACUUUGUCAUUGCUCCACGUUUUUCACAGAAAAAUUCUGACAAACAAGUGAUCAAAUUGGCAUGGCCUGAACUUGGACUCAUCACUUUGUGGAAGUCAACCAACGCAGCAUGUUUUAUGCCAAGUAUUUAUACAACUAUUUUACAUCCACUUUUAUCACUGCUAGCCAAACCUGUAUUAAAGAUUUUGUUGUAAACCUUUUGUUUUGAUAUGUUACCAGUGUCAACUUUGCGGCGCACAAGCAUGUAAUGUUACAGUUGUUGUUUUCAUAUUUAUUUGUUUGCAGUGACACUUAUAUCUGUGAAUAGAAUGGCAAUUGCUCUAGGUAGACUAGUACAUACCCUGUAUCUCUUCGCUUGAUAUUGCACCAAUAAAAGGCCCCCUGGCUUCUUAUGUUGGAA